AUGAAGCUUACCGCUGUUCUCGUCGCCAUCUGCGCUGCCGCCGCCUCCGCUGCCGUCGCGCCCGUCCGCUCAACCCCGCUUAACCCUCACACGAGCCACCCGUUCGACCGUUAUCCCGGGUGCUCCGUCGAUUGCUUGAAGAGCAGCUUCGACGAGGCCGGGUGUGCCUACAGCGACAGCAAGUGCGGCUGCAUCCACAAGAGGGUCAUAACCAAGAGGUCGAAGCCGUGCCUCUGGGCCCGUUGCACCAUGGACGAGUGCAUCAAGAUCAAGAACAUGGCAAUGGAGACGUGUGACAGGAUCGAGAAGGGAAUUUGA